UUACUACAAUUGAUAUUUAUAACAACAUCAUUCCCCAGUUAAUGAUGGAUCAAAUGAAACACUUUUAGCUGAAAUAACAAAUUUUAAAGCCGCUAGUUGUUUUUUUCUGGCAAGCUGAAGAAUUCUAAACUAAGUAAUAAAAGUUUAACUCUCAGUAAGCUGUUUGAGUCCCAUAUGAAGUCAUCAUGGGAAAGAAAUGGAAAAACGAAACUGUGGAGGUCAAUUGAGGAUACACUGUGUUUGGUAACCAGUUAAUUCCGCAGUGUCUGGCUCUGCCCAAAGGGGAUAUGAGCACCAACGUGUAUUUACAUUAAUAGAAGGAUUAUGUUUUUGGUAGAUUUGACAGAAGGUAUAGUAAAGUUGCCAUUGUGACAAAAUCUGUGUGCUGAUAGAGGAGAUAAAACCGAGAGAUCUUUGACACAUGCUUUGACACAUAACUGGUGUGAAUUUUGGGUCACAUGGCCACCUCAGGGCUGCAAAUAUGUUUAAGUAGGAACUCCUGUGGUUAGUGGUAUGAUAACCUCAGCCAGCAUAACAUGAAAAUGUUUAAACACUACCUUUAAAGUGCCAAAUGUACAGUACUGACAGAGGAAUCACUAUUAUUGGAUGGAAGAACAGUAUGACAAAUUCACAUUUCUGUUGUACUGACUUGAUUAUAUUGGGAAUGUACAUAAACUUGAGACUUUAUGCAUAUAAAUAGCAUCAAGCCUAUUCUUUGCUAAACCCAAAUUUCAUUAUAGGAUUAGACAAAAGGAAAACACAAUGUACUACAUCGUACUACCAUUAUGUGGACUCAGCUUGAUGUGGCUUCCUCUGUGCCAUGGAUUUUCUUUAAAAACAGACCGGAUUAAGGCUGAUGCAAAGCUACUCUCCAGAAUACUCAUCACAAGAAUCCAGGAACACCCAAUCCAGUUCAAUUACCCAAGCAGCCUGAAAAGCAGUGGCUUGGAUUUCAUUCCAGAUGAACAGAUACUUGAGAGUUUGGAGAAGAUGGAUGAGACUCUUGAAAUAUUCCAGAAGAUUUUAGCCAAUAUCCCCAUGGAAAAUGUAGAACAAAUGCUGAGUGAUUUAGAGAACCUUCGCAGCCUGCUACAGCUACUCAACCGCAUUAUGGGUUGUAUAGUCACAGAGCCCAAACAAACCAACAUAAUAGAAAACUUAAAGGAACAGUAUGAGAAUGCCUCCUAUACCAUGGAAAAGGUGACACUCGACCGUCUUCAGAAAUCAUUACACAGCAUCAUGAAGCAUCUAGAUUAUAUUACAGACUGCCAAAAAACUGUGUAAGGAAUAUCAAAACCAUUAGUGAGAUUUAUUUGAUCUAUAGACAUAAUGAAAUUGUCUGAAGUGGAAAAACCUUUGCAAUAUUUAUAAUUCAGGAACCCCUGUUGCAGCAGUCCCGAUGAAGCUGUGUAAUUGAGAAGUGGUAUAUCCUGCAUUCCACCAAAUGUUUGGAAGCAAUAGUUAACAACACACUGACUACGAUUAUGGCUACUUCCCCACAUUUCUUCAGCACAGUCAGUAUGGACAGAAGAUAGGAUUUUUCAUGCUAUCGUUAUUUAAAGAUGAUAUCAAAGUGACUUUUCAAACAAUUUUCAAUGCACUAUUAUAUAGAUUAAGAAAUAAUAUUCCCUUUGGAGCAAAGCACUUGCAUGGAUUUUUGCUCUGUUUUAAUUUGAUACAUUCCAUGUAAUUCUAAUGUACCUUAGGAACCAACAACUUCCUUCAAUAGAAAACCAUAUGUUUACAUUCUAGGAGAAUUAGUUCUGUUUGAAAAUGGUAGCUGCUUACUUGGAACAAAAAUUUCAAGCUGAACCUCGAGAAGGCAAAGCAUAGGUGCCCUAAUAUUCAAAACGUAGAAAUAUUUAGGCCAUUUUUGUCGCUCCCUAAAUCAACUUAACUUAACUUUCCCCUAAACAUGAAAGGAAUUUACAAUUUCAAACAGCAGCCUGCUUGAUCACACCUCUUUGAUGUAUCUCUCAUAUUUUUCACAUCUUUCUAUUUAACAACCAUUUAAUUCCAUGUUAAGCCUACGGAUAAGGCUUAUAUGGGGUUGAUUUAUUAAAUGAAAAUAGGCUGUUUACUUUUCAAGGGAAGCUGCAAUUUGCAAGAAAGUUUUCCCUUGGCCUGGAUUGGGUUUUCUUUGCAAAGUGAAACUUCAUCACAUUCACUAAGUAAGUUGGGACUUUGAGCAAGCGAGCCGUCAGGCUGGCGAGCAAAAGGAGGGGGUGGGACUUUGAAUGAAGCACAUGGUUGCAACUGAGUGAUUUGGUGGAUAGAUAGAUAUUUAAUAGAGCAUAAACAAUAGUUGACAUACAGUUUACUGGUGUGGCUAAGUGCUUGGGCAAGUUCCCUUGCAAAGUGAACAGCCUAUUUGCAUUUAGUAAACCAACCCCUCCUUUAAAAAAGCAUAGGACUGCUAUUAAAAUAUGAACAGACUAGUGAUCCAAUGCUAGUCAGCAUGGAAAUGAAUUGAAUGGAUUGCUUAGGUAGGCUCUCUAAUUACAUAGUUUGGUACAUCUAAAAGACAUUGUUGAGUGCUGUCCGUCUUAGUUUUUUUUACGCACUAACAGCUAAAAUUUUAGGACAAGAGUUUCGGGGUGUAACCCCUUCUCUUUUGUCCAAGCAGUACUGAUGUACAAAGGUUUAUCAAAAUAUAUAUAGAAAAUGCAAAUCAUUUUUUUAAACGUUUUGCUAAACCUUUGUGUAUUAGUACUCCUUGGACCUAGAAGAAGGGGGGAUACCCCUAAAAGCUUGCCCUAAUAAUGUACCUCUUAGUGCAAAUAAAAAAAUAUUAUUGACAGUACUCAACUUUGUUGUUGCAAGUGCAAUAAUAGAGCUUAAAUCACCUACAACAAAUCUACAAAUUGUUAGGUGUAUGGUCUGCAAAAAAUAUAUCUGAAGUAAUUUCUUUGGAUACUUUUGAUAUCUGUGUACCAAAUGGGAGGUUUCCCUUUACUUUUUUUCUUUAAUUCCUGGUCCGGUGGCACCAAAUAAUCUGUGUUUUCCUUACUUUCAUCUCUGGUGACAAUGAUCAGCAGGAUAUAAGAAUGCUUGGAUUUAUCCACUCGGGUCAGAGACAGCAAUAAAAGCGGGACAGGUGUUCUCUUUCCUCCCCACUCUAUCCAAAACAAAAAAAUGUGUUGGAUUUAGAUACCCUUUAGAACUUCCCCUAAACACAGAGGGAAGGAAAGCUAUAUUGAAGAAAUAAUUACUGUUUCACGCUAUUCCAAGUAUUGAAGCUGCUAUCCUAGGAAACACACAACACCGUCAAUUGCACUAUACUAUGUACUGUAGAACUAUGAUAUUCCCCCUUGGAUUUUUAAAAACAACUGUUUUGUUUCUCCUUUAAAUGCAUUCGUUUAGUCUUAAAAUUUGUACACUGAACAUAGGCAUUUUUUAGUGAUUUUAUAUUUAUGUAAUAUAUAUAUUUCCUAUUUAAUUUAUAUUAUUGUAACUUUAUA